AUGCCUAAAAACAAAGACUACAAUCUAAAGUUGAUCCAUACUGUUUAUAAUCAGCUUCCAGCUUUUACAGAUAUAUUCGAUGAAGAUACUUUUUAUAUGUUUGUGUUUAUCUUCAUUAUAUCAACAAUAGUUGUAGUGUUUAUAUUAUCUAGAUUUAUUACAAUAAAAGCUGUUGAAUAAACAUAAGUAGUUAAAAACUACAAUGUUUUUCUUAUGUAAAUUGGACGCCACAGAAUGUUAAAGUGUCUGUAACUUUUAUUUCUUUGUUGAAAUAUAGGUUUGAAAACUUUCAGU